CGCCUGAGCCGAGCAUGCGCAGAGCGUCGCAGCUAACCACAUCAGAAACCAAUCCAUAAACGCGUUUACGGAAUUUAAAUUAAACAACAGUGAGAGUUUUCAAGGAAAGAACAGCUUCCUGUGUACAGGGAUGAAGUUCCCUGUGGAUCUCCUGGCUGAUGUUAGCCAAACAGAACUGGAGCGGCUGGCCCACAACUACAUGAAGAACCUCCUUUACAGCAACCCGGAUGCACCUGAACACCUCACCCUCCCUGACUCCACCCAGGUCACCAUCAACAUAUGCAGUGUGGGUUUCGUCCCUCUGUACGGAUCCAAUGAUAAGCAGAAGGUCCUGGCCCUUUUCUCUCCCACUGAGCCGCUAACUGCUGUGGCCCUGUACCUGCUGGACCAGUGGUGGCCCGUGGACGACAUCCUCAAGACAGCGGACCCAGCUCGGGAUGGAGCGGUGGAGGUGGAGACAGUAGGAGAGAGAAUAGUUCUGUACAUCCUUAACCGUGUGGUCUAUAGAGCCAGAGAGAUGAGCUCUGAGGAGCUCCCCUUCCUCUGCCACGGAGAAAAAGAUCACGCCAAAAUCCUCUGGAGUAACGGCGAGGCUGUGGGCUUCUACUCAGUCAAACCCUCAGGUAGCUUUUCUAAUUCGUUCGCCACCAGAAGCUAUCAGCUCCCUGUGAUGGACUCCAUCUUUGUGAGGAGAUGUCAGCGUGGGAAAGGCUUCGGCCUGCAGAUGCUGGAAGACUUUGUGCUCAGUUUCAAAGAAGACCAUCUGGGGUUGAGGUACCCCCUCACCAAAGCCAUGUAUAAAGUGUGUGAGAAGUACCUGAGGCAGUACCCAGGAGACACAGACCUGCUGUGGGAGGUGGAGAGCAUCGGUGGACCCAACCAGAGGCACAAUUUGGCCAGAAAGAUACAGGCCAUGGAUCCCAGCGCAGUGUCCAGGAGUCUGUCCUUCACAGAGGAAUCACCUGUGAUCACUGAGAUGACUGAGAAGGAUAUGGUGAUGGAGGCCAUCACCACUCAAAUAAAAGAAGCUGAAUCCAUGGAAUGCACAGUUGAAAUCGUGGAGGAAGUGACAGUCCUGAGCGCUACCAAAGCAGGUUUAGAGGCUGAAGUUCCACUCACAGCCCGGGGCCGGAGCAGUGGCUCAAAACGGAGGAAGACCGCGGAGGAAAAGGUUAUCAGAAUCGAGGACAUUGAAGCAGAAACCCCGAGAGAGGAGCAGGAGAUUGUCUCUGACCCGAUGCAGACGGAGGGUGUCAGUGUUGCUCCUGAAGAACAGGGACAGGAUGUAGUUGACACCGCGGCCACCAUGUCGGAACAACCAGACGCUGUCCUGAAGCCACAAGACCCUGAAACAGCUGAUGUGACAUCAGCAGCUACGACUGAGGAGGCACCACUGGAAGCCGACGCCCCCCAGGAUGUUAACAACACCGCCCGGGACUCACAGAUCAUAGUUGAGAAUGUGGCAUCAGAAAUAGAGGAAGAGUGUGUGGAGGAAGACACUGCAGCGCCGGCAGUCUCUGAAGAAAUGUUGGAGUUAGACAUGGAAGAAGAAACUCUGGAUAAAGUGGGGGAGGAAACUCAGAUCACGGAUGAAAAGUGGGAAAAAAGAGUUCCACAACACGAGGUAAGUCCGUCACCAUGUGAAGCAGGAAGAACAACUGGACAGAGUAAAACCCCCCGACGGAGAAAUACACAUAUACAGGAGGGGGUGAAGGAGGACACUCCAGCCCAGGAAGGAGGGAUAAGGUUGAGAAGAAGAACUGUCAUGAACACGCCCACACCCAAACGCAAAUACACCAAACCCCGCCAGAAAGUCUGUGACGACUCAGAGAAAGAGGUGGAGAAAGUGGCAGAGGAGAAUGACAUUUCGCCUGAAGGAGUGGAGGAGUUAGCUGAAACUGGAGAAGGAGUAAAAGAGGAUGCAGUUGAGCUGGAGGAAUUAAGAGAGAAAAAGCUGGAAGAUGAACAGCUGACACAUGAAGAGAAGACGGACAUGAUGGGGGCUGCACUGACAGAGGAAGAGGAGGGUGAAAACGUAACACAUGGAUCUGAGAGAGAAAAAGAAGCUCAGCUAGAAGCAGGAGCUUCGGCCGGGGGGGAGCAAGCACAUGGACAGGUGGAGGAACAAGACGAGGUGGCUGACAGGCCAGAAGAAGAGCUAUCCACCAAGGAAUUAAGUGCUGUGGAAGAAGAGACGAUUCCGAAGGCAGAGGAAGCAGCAGGGGACGUUAUAACUUCAACUGGGGGGAACGAGGAGGAGAGCAAGGAUGAGACGGAGCAAGGAGAGGCCAUCAGUGUCUCUGCUAAUGCAGAUGAAAACACUGUUGCUGUGGAAACAGCUGUCAGAGACACUGCUGCUGUUGUAGAAACAGCUGUCCGACAGGCUGAAGAGUCUCAGGAAAAUGACUCUGGCUCUUUAACCUCCAAGCUCCAGAAAGCCACUGUCAUCCUAGUGGACAUCAAAACCACCUGCCAUCAUCUCAGUGUGAAGAAGGCAGACGAAACAGCUGCUGACGGACAGAGUGCUGAUGCAGAAAAGCAACAGGAAGGGGAGAACGGCGGGAAGGAGGAAGACAUUACAGACACGUGUGUAGAGGCCCAGACUGCCGAGAAGGAACAGCAAGACAAUUCUGAAAAAGAAGAAUCUGUGGAGGAGGAAAAAAGUGAAGCAGAGGAAGCACUGGUUCCUGAAACAAGAGACAACACAAGCGAGGGUGUUUGUGAAGAAGCAGCAAAAGGCCCUGAUGAGGUGGAGGAGAAGCAGGCUGCAGAUGGAGAGCCAGAGGACGCUGACGAGAGUCCCCCAGCAGCCGAAGUAGACAAGGCGGACAAGACGAUGAGCUUGGAGGAAGAGGAAGCUCCGGUUGUUGAGACCAGAGCUCUAAGAAGUGGAACAAAAACUAGCACAGCCACACCGAGAUGCAAAACAACAAGAAGCAAAAAGCAAGUGGACGCACAUGAAGCAGUGACCGCAAGAGCAGGGGAGACGUUGUCUGCAUCGCACACACCUAAAGGUAAAUCCAGGAAAGGCCACAAACACAGCCAGGAGCUAGAGCAAAAGGGAGGAGAGGAUACAGGAGCAGAGGAGGAAGAGGCAGCAAAGGAAGCAGCUGAAGAAAAGACAGAUGUAGAAGGAGAGGAAAGCGUUGAGGAAGAGGGAGAGGAAAAGGUUGAGGAAGAGGGAAAGGCUGAGGAAGCUGCCUCUGAAAGAGAGGAAAGUGUUGAGCCAGAAAUUGAUGUGGAGGAAGGGGAAGCUGUGGCAGAACGAGGACGAGAGGCAGCAGAAGAUCCAUCAGGAGGUGUGUCCAGAGAUGCAGACAGGGAGGAGGAGACCUUAGGGGAAGAGUGCGGUGAGAGGAAAGCAGCCAUGGGGGGUGAGGAGGGGGAACUAGCAGCAGCCACUGUGACUAGAUCUCUGAGGAGUGGUGGGAAGACGCCCAAAGCUCCGAAAAGCAGGUCAAGACGAAGCAAGAAGCAGCCAGAAGAAGAGGAGGAGGGGCAGAGACAGCUCCAGAACCAGGGAGAGGGACCAAAGGAAUCAGCUGAGGAAGCAGAGGAAGAAACAGGGCUGGGGUCAGUCGAGGACCCCCCAACAGAAGCUGUCCCAGCAGAAACCGGAGAGGCGGCGGUGAUUGAAGAGGAAGCUGCAGAGGAUUCAGUACAAGGAGGAGACACUGACACUUCAUUACCCAAACUCAGCGCGGACUCAGCUGUACUGCCCCCCAGUGGAGAAGAGGAGCAGCGGGCAGCCCGGGUCUCUGUGAGCCAUACUGACAUCCAGGAAGAAGAGGAAGCUCUUCCUAAUGAGGCAGAGGAGCAAAAAGAGGAAGCAGCUAUUGCAGACGAGGAUGUUCCUGAGGGGACAGAAAACACCGAGCUGGAGAAAGUGACAGUGGAAGAGGAUGAUAAAAUGGAAGCAGUCCCAACAGCAGACCCAGGGGAGGGCGGAACUGAUGAAGAGGAGGCUGAAGGUGUUAACGAUGAAGAGCAGGAAGCUCCAGUCCCAGAAACCAGAGCCCGUAGGAGCAGGAAGCAGGCCGGCCCAGCCACGGCCACAAGCAGACUAACAAGAAGCAGACAGGAGAACGCUGAGGUCGCAGCUUCAGAAAGUCAGAAAUCAACAGAUCAAGUCCGGGUUCUGAGGGGGGGGAGGAAACUUAUCCCUGUCACCCAAAGACAAACAAUAAAAAGAACCCACCCAGAGGGAGAGGGAGAGGAGGGAGGAGAUGAAUCUGCAGCAGGUGAGGCGAGAGAGACACAGGAAGAAGGGGACCAGCAGCAGGCAAAGAGACUUGAUGAAAGGGAUGCAACUGGACGAGUAGAAACUAUGGACGCAGGAAUGAGCAAAGACAAAGAGGAGACUGGGGCAGAGGAAGCUGUCUUACAACUAGACGCCUCAGAGGAGGGACAGGCCCACAGGGCUGGGACAGCUGCAGAUGUGGACACAGAUGUUGGACAGCCUGCUGACGAGGGGAAGAGCUCGGAUGUUCAAGAGGAUGUAGUCCCAAGACAAGAUACAGCGGAGGGGGAACAAUCGACUUCUGCAGUGACGGGAAGUGCCCGAGAGACACUGGAGACAGCAAAGGACGGCGAGGAAAAAGGUGUGUCUGAGGAGGAGGAAGCAACUAGAGGCAGAACCACGAACAGACGAGAGGAAGAGGCCGCUGGAGAGACAAGCUCAGAAGUCGAAACAAGAGUCCUGAGGAAGGGUCGGAGGUCUGCUGCUGCCACACCUCAACGUAAACCCAAAAGAGUCCGCACACAGCCUCAGACAGAGGAAGAGGAAGAACAUGCUCCUGCUGAAAAGACACAAGCAGAGGAAACCAAAGCUGAUGAGAAGGAAGACAACAGUGAUGAGAAGACUGAAGAAGACGGGAGUGAAGCUGCAGCAGAGAAGGAAGAAGCUACACAGCCAGAGGUGGAGGUGGAAAAAGAAGAAGCUGUGGCAGAGGAAGAGGACAGGUCCGCUGUUUCUAAGCCAUGUGGAGACGGACAGGGAGAGACUUCAGCUGGAGAACAAGCUGAAGAGACACCAAAUACAGAUGAGGGAAAGGUUACUGACCAGGAAGAGGCAGCAAGUGUUGAAACAACAGGCCUGAGAAGCGGUAAAAAUAUAGGGAGAGCCACAACUAGAAGCAAAACCACAAAAAGCCAAGAGGAAGAGGCAGCUGGAGAGAAAAGCACGGAAGACGAGGAACCAGCGGUAGAAUCGAGAGUUCUGAGAGGGGGGAAGAGGUCUGCUGCUGCCACACCUCGGCUUAAAUCCAAAAGAUUCCGCACACAGCCUCAGACAAAGGAAGACGACGAGGAAGAAGAAGAAGCUGCUCCUGCUAAAGAGACACAAGCAGAGGAAGCCAAAGUUGAUGAGAAGGAAGACAACAGUGAUGAGAAGACUGAAGAAAAGGAUGGGGGUGAAGCUUCAGCGCAGAAAGAAGAAGAGGCAAGGCAGGAAGCACCCGAGGAGAAAGGGGAGGCUGCAGAAGAAGAAGGAAAUAGGAUGGAAAUGGAUAAAGAAGUGCUUGAGGAAGAGUCUGCAGUAGGAGAUGCAGGGCAGAUGAAGGAAGUAGUGCCUGAGGAGGACGAGGAGGAGGACAACAGUGUGGAAGAGACUGCAUCAGCUGAGGUAGAAGAGACAAAGUCAGCAGAGGAAGAAGAAGAAGAAGAAGAAGCACCGGCUGUAACAAGCAGAGCUCUGCGGAGCAGAACACAGAGAUCCAGGAGAGGAGGAGGACAGACACAGCAGCAGGAAGAGGAAGAAGAAGUCCACCAAUCGACUGGUGGCUCACCUCGAAGAUCAGUGCGGAAAAAACCGCGAGUGGAUUACAGAGAAAACAAUGAGGAGGGAGAACGAGGCGAGAUGGAGGUCACAGCUGACCAGCAGGACGAAGAGGAGGACACAGAGGACGGGAACGCUUUAAGCUCUGAAGAGCAGCCGGCAGAGAAGCUGGACACUCUGAGUUUAGUGUUAGACACCGAUGAGGAGGGAGAGACAGCAGAGGACGAAGAAGAGGCGGAGCCUGUAGUGAUUGGAAAGAGAGUUUUAAGAGGGAGGUCAGUUCCUUCAGUGAUAAUCACCCCCCAGGCUAAAUCCACACGCCGCAGUGCUAGAGUUCAGAAAGCCGAGGAGGACGAAGAGAAGAGCCUGCGCUCCGCUCAGAAGAGGAGAAAAGCUGAAGGCACGCCCGCUCGCAGAGCUCAGCGGCGCAGCAGAGUGUAGGAUGUUCUCACUCCAACCACGUACAUGUAGCAGUGUGCAGUCACUGACGGGGAAACGCAAAAGACGUCAAUGCUUAACCCUCCUGGUGUCCUCGGGUCAAAUUUGACCCCUUUUAAAAAUGUCUAUAUCAGAAGUACGGCGUUCUUUUUAACCAAAUUACCACAAAAAAAGGAUAGAUUCCAUGCAACGCUCUGCAAAUACAAUCAACCACUUUCAUUGAAUUUUGGGUGAAAAUUGAAAUGGUUUCAAAUCAGUAUCCUGACCAAACUCAUCCACUCAACAUCCUCUGAUCUCAUCUAUUAGUCAAAAUAAUUCAUAAUUUCUGCUUUAUUAACUCAAAUAUUAGGUAUAAGUCAAUACAAAUGAGGAUUAUUGACCAUUGAUUCUUAAAAAGUAGUGUAAAACUAGUGGUAGUGAAACAAAAAUAAUGCAUUGAAAAAUGUCAAAAAAUUAACAACUGUUCAUCUUUUUGACCCGGGAGGACAACACAAGGGUUAAUGUGAGCUUCAGUAGUGUGCAGGCAGGCUCACAGCGUACACUCUCUCUCUCUCUCUCACACACACACACACACACCCCUACCCCUGUGUGUUCUCCAUGUGGAUGUAAAGCAACUAGCGAACAUGAACACACAUUUGAGCAGGAACCAUUAACCUGUGACAGAGCUGUCCACCCCCCCCACCCCCACCGGCCCUGCAAACUAUAGGUAAAUAAUGACAGACAUGAACCUUUUUAUAGUACCUGUGAGCAGUGGCUGCUGGGUAUAAGUGACUUUUUUUAGUUCCAAACCGCAGCUUUAGACUUUGUCCUGUGGACACUCUGUCUCGCUGCUCUUUUCACCAUCAUGUGUCAUUUUUCUACAACCCUGUCAUCAUGAUCACGUGAAACAGAUUGUGCACGUGCGAUUGUUAAAGACCUCCGAGCCUGAUCAGGGUGGUGUUGUUUCACCCUCCGAACAGUAGAGCGUGUCCACACUGAAGGUCUGCAGGUCCAUACUUCGUAGUCAGAAUCUUUAAAAAUGUUUUUGCCUUUCCCAGUUUGCAUCAGUCAUAUUUUUGAGUAGAAACUCAGAGGUUGAUAGAGACUACACACUCGAGCGGGACCACAUUGGCUUUCUUCUUAAAAGCUUCUUAAAAAGCCAUAAUUUGCAUUUUAACAGAGAAUUCUGACAAUUGGGGAAUUCAUAUUUUUACUGUACAUUUUUUUUUAUAUUUUAUUAAAAAUGUGAAUGUUUACUUUGCAUUGUGUAAUACGAUAAAUCUCAACUAUGGGUUUUGGUAACUUUUUACUCAGCAGGCAACAAUGUGAAACGGUGAAAUAAAGUGAAUUGUUUUUUUAAAUGUGUGAAAUGCUCCAACGGUUCAUCUUCAUAGGGUGUUUGUGUGUAUUUAGAUUAAAAACAUAUUACCAAAAACUCCUUGCUUUGCAACUGUCAGCAGAACUCAGGUCUUAACUCAUAUUAGUAAGUUCUCCUUAUUAGUAUAUAUUUCAUAUGGAGAGCCAUGUACUAUGUCAUGGCCUCACAUCUUUCUUUAACUGUGAACCUGAGCAUUAGACGCUGUCGGGGGUUACGUAGUCAUCCUGCUCAGCCACGUUUAACAAUGUGAUAUGAUUUAGUCAGCAGCAUAAGUUGUCAGUUUGUGUGUCAAUUUUGUUGUUUGUGUCAUUUGAAGCUAACAUGUAUUAUUGAGCUGUGUGAUGGGAAAUGUAUUUGUACUAUUAGCACAUUGAAGUA